AGUAAAGUUGGAAGGGUUUUAUUAGAAAUAUGUACGAAUAACAGAAAAUGCAAAUUGAAUUACUAACAUGAGUGUUAACAUCAUCAUAGGUUUAUGCAUACAGUCAUUGGUCUCAUGACCAUUUAAUUUUGAGCUCCUUUAGCACGAACACGUACCGCUUGGCCAAUGGGUGACGUUGUUAGUAUAUUUUCUGUGAUUGUUAUGAAGUUUAAAUCAAAGUUCAAUGAAAGUAAAAUUUAUUUUCACUGUGAUCUUCCGUGGGACAAGCUGAAGGCGGUGAAGUGGAUGAACGAGCGGGCUUCAGCGAACAAGGCUUAUGUGCCAACCGCGGUGGAGAAUGUAGCGAACGUAUGCACUCACGCUGUAUGCGUAGCUCCAGCGUCAUUUGGAGCCCGAGAGCUUCUCACACGCUCGAUAAACGCACCUCAGGCCAUCGCCGCCGUUGUCUACGGUCUAGCACUAUGUCUGCUCUUCGCUGUCUCCACCACCUUCCAUUCCGUCUGCUGCUGCCGAUCUGAUACUAAAAUGAAGCACUUCCUCCACCGCUGCGACCGCGCUAUGAUCUACAUAUUCAUCGCGAGCUCAUACUUUCCCUGGCUAACUGUGGGGACCCUGUCCUGCUGGAUGCUUCGCGAACUACGGUGGGCUAUAUGGCUCCUCGCAGUUCUGGGUAUUACGUACCAGCAAAUCUUCCAUGAGCGGUACAAGAUGCUGGAGCUACUGCUAUAUCUGGUGAUGGGACUAGGGCCUGCCGCCAUCAUUGUCACGUCUAAUCAUCAAUUUCCAGCAAUGCACGAUCUAAAGCUCGGCGGUAUACUGUACCUGAUCGGCGUAUUCUUCUUCAAAUCGGACGGUAGGAUCCCUUUUGCCCACGCCAUCUGGCACAUAUUCGUGGCGUUAGCAGCCACUGUGCAUUACCUCGCAAUCCUGAGACAUCUGUUCCCCGAUCUCAAAUCUCAAUGAAGACUGCCCUAUAACUAUUGAAUCUCGAGAGCUCUGUCUAUAGAUAUUUUUGUACCUGUAAUACGCUGUGUAAUGGACAAGUCGAAAUUUGUGACUUUUUGAUAACAAACCUUCUAUUAUACAUACAUGUAUGUCGAAAGUGUGAACAACUUUACUCGACUCCAAAGUUUAUUCUCGAAAUGACACAAAUCUAGACCCGUUUUUAUGCGUAUUCUCUGGCUAACGUUACCGUAGUACAUGUAACCAUUUCUUUUAUUGUAUUAUACACUACAGUAAAUCGUAUAAUCUUACGUAGUUAAGGUAGAAGUGAAAUGAUAGCAAUGUGAAAGCCAAAGUAUAAUGUUAGUUCCUAUAUGUGAGAUGUACCCUUUUAAGUAGAUACUAAAUAUGGAUUUGUAUUUAGCCGGAUAAUACGCAAAUGUCGGCGGAAACACAGAAGUAGGUCGGCCAUCUCAACAAUUGUCAAUCCGGUUGCGAUGGUAACAUAUAGGUGUGACCUUAAGAGGACGGUUUAGCUAAAGAGCUUUAUAUAAACGUAUUUUAAUCCUAUUUUGGAUAAUGACUAUUCAAUAUCAGUGAAAUUUUAUAGAAUAUUCAAUUGCCCCCUAAAUUAUAAAUGGUUUUAAAAUGGCACAGGCUUAUAAAGUCCCUAAUUUAUGGAAUUUUUUCAAGAAAUUUCAUUUUGAAUUUCUUAUAGACUCUGAAAAACCAAGACCAUUUUAAGGUCGAUGAGAAGAAGAAAUUAUUAUUAUUAUGCACAUAACUACCAUACUUCUUGAAUGAACAUAAAGCUACAAAUUAUAGCGAGAAAAUGGUUCAAAACCUUACUUGUCUCACCCAUUCACCAGAGCUCUCUUCACGGCCGUGCGAUUUGGCAAAGCAGUCCUCUUAAGACCCUAACGCGUUACGCAGACGACGUUCCUUCUUGGGCGUGAAGCAAAUUUUACUUACUGGAUACCGGCUGUAUUCUAUUAUUAUAUGGCUAAAAACUCUGCCUACUAAUAAGAAACUUGUCUGCGCUCCGCAUUAGCGAUACUCGUUUAAAGCGCGGUUUCCAUGACCAUCUCAUUCUGCGGUCCACGUUACCAUAACUAGCGUUACUGGUACCUUAAACAAGUGAACGCAUCUGUGUAGCAACAUCUUCUAAGGAAACUCGUGGGCAACACUGUGAUAUUUAGAUAUUGUUCAGCAGGUGGUGAUCCCUACGACAUCUGUACUUUGUAAGAAGAGCCACCCUGUAGUCGCUCCAGCAGUUUAUUCUAAAACCGAUAAAUUAUUCCCUGUGCUUUCAAGAAUUUCUGUGUUAAUUGCUCUGUAUCAAAAUUUGGUCUGAUAUUGCCGUGGCUUUACGAUUAAUGCCACGAUCGAUUCACAUUUCCAAUUCGAUAAUUGUCGAAACGAGUCUUAACACUCGGACCCAGACUCGUUUAAAUUAUAGUGAGCAUUUUGUAAUCACUCUAGGUAGCCUAUCUAUGUGGGUAGCCUGUCUCGAUCGAUACCUAACUUAUGAACAUAGUACCUAAUGGUAUUUUUUAUUCCCGUUCAUUCAAAUUUGUUAUAAGACACUUGAGAAAGAAAAUUGAAGCGUUCCGUACGUCAGAAUAGACAGAGACUGCGAAAAUUGAGGUAAAUUUGGCGAUUCACUUUGGUAUGUCAUAUCCUCGCGCCAUUUUAAGAGGUAAAGUAAUCAAGCGAAUUAUGUUAAUUCGUCAUCCACGUCCUACACACGUCUUUUUCAACAAUCUCUAAACAUCAAAAGAACGGGAAUAAGGAAACAACCAAUGAUAUAGAAACAACGGU